UCCAAUCCUCAGACAAUUCUUUGCUGCUCUUUCUCUUCUCCAUGCUCCAUGUGGCACACAGAGACACCCAACAGAAAGGUACAUUUUUUUACCAUUUUAGCUGGUACACCUGUUAACCACUUCCAGUCCGGACACUUUCCCCCCCUUCCAGUCCGGACACUUUCCCCCCCUUCCAGUCCGAACACUUUCACCCCCCUUCCAGUCCGGACACUUUCACCCCCUUCCAGUCUGGACACUUUUACCCCCUUCCAGUCCGGACACUUUCACCCCCUUCCAGUCCGGACACUUUCACCCCCUUCCAGUCCGGACACUUUUCACCCCCUUCCAGUCCGGACACUUCCCCCCCCCCCCCCCUUCCAGUCCGGACACUUUUCUCCCCCCUUCCAGUCCAGACACUUUCCCCCCCAUCCAGUCCGGACACUUCCCCCCCUUCCAGUCUGGACACUUUCCCCCCCUUCCAGUCCGGACACUUUCCCCCCCUUCCAGUCUGGACACUUUCACCCCCCUUCCAGUCCGGACACUUUCACCCCCUUCCAGUCUGGACACUUUUACCCCCUUCCAGUCCGGACACUUUUA